AUGCAUCGUUCACCAGCCUUGAAAUUCCAAAGCCGAUUAUUCUCCAACAGAAGCAAAACCCAGUUGGCCAAACGUGUGAUUAAACCCACAUGUGAUGUUUUCCUUAACCAUAGAGGGAUUGACACAAAGCGAACAAUAGCCACUUUGCUCUAUGAUUAUCUUUCUAGGUUUAACCUACGUCCUUUCUUGGACAACAAAACUAUGAAGCCAGGAGACAAAUUAUUUGAAAAGAUUGAUAGUGCAAUACAUGGCUGCAAGGUAGGCGUAGCAAUGUUUUCGCCUAAUUACUGUCAGUCGUAUUUUUGUCUUCAUGAACUGGCUCUAAUCAUGGAGACCAAGAAGAAGGUCAUACCUAUAUUUUGUGACAUUAAGCCUUCUCAACUACGUGUUCCAAGAAAUGUAGUAUCUGACAAGAAGGAACUUCGGAGGUUUAACUGGGCUCUUGAUGAGGCUAAGAACACCGUGGGGCUUACCUUUGACUCCAACAAGGGGAACUUGUCAGAAGUUGUAACAAGUGCUUCAGAAAUUGUGAUCAAGAGCUUGAUAGAGCUUGAGAAUGAAGAGCGUUUGAUGUAUAAAAAUUUCAGCUCUCCUAAUAAAACACCAGUACCAUUGAUGCCAACCAAAUCAAUAUUGAAGGAAUAUUGA